UAAUGCUACGGCUUUGUCUAGUUGCCUCACUGAGUCAGAGCUUCUCUUUGCUAAGUACACAUAAACAUCCAUCCAUAUUUUAAAUCCACGAUCAAUUUAAACUAUGAGCAAACGAAAAGCGCCACAAGAAACUUUAAACGAAGGAAUCACAGACUUUCUGAUAGAGUUGGCCAAUUAUGAGAGAAAUGUCAACAGAGCCAUCCAUAAAUACAAUGCUUACAGAAAAGCAGCAUCUGUGAUCGCCAAAUACCCACAGAAGAUCAAAAGUGGAACAGAAGCAAAGAAACUGGAUGGAGUAGGUGCAAAGAUAGCUGAGAAAAUCGACGAGUUUUUAACUACAGGAAAACUGCGUAAAUUAGAAAAGAUUCGCAGUGAUGACACAAGCUCCUCCAUUAACUUCUUAACCAGAGUGACUGGAAUCGGUCCUGCUGCGGCGAGGAAGUUUUACGAUGAGGGUGUCAGGACAUUAGAAGAUCUGAAGAAAAUUGAACACAAACUCAACCAUCAUCAGCAGAUCGGGUUAAAGUACUUUGAAGUGUUUGAGAAGAGAAUUCCUCGUUCAGAAAUGCAGAAAAUGGAGGCUCUGAUUUUAAAAGAACUUGAUAUAGUGGAUCCUGAGUACAUCGGCACCAUCUGUGGCAGCUAUAGGAGAGGAGCAGAGUCGAGUGGUGAUAUUGAUAUAUUGUUGACUCACCCAGACUUCACCUCUCAGUCUGAGAAACAGCCGAAACUUCUUCAUGCAGUUGUGGAUCAUCUGGAGUCCAUCGGCUUCAUCACUGACACACUGUCUAAAGGAGACACUAAGUUUAUGGGUGUUUGUCAACUUCAGAAAGAAGAGGAUGAGGAGGAAGAUUAUAUUCACCGCCGGAUUGAUAUCAGGCUUAUUCCAAAGGAUCAGUAUUACUGUGGAGUGCUGUACUUCACCGGCAGUGACAUAUUCAACAAGAACAUGAGGACUCAUGCACUGGAGAAAGGCUUUACUCUUAAUGAGUACACCAUCCGUCCACUGGGGGUCACAGGUGUGGCCGGAGAGCCGCUGCUGGUUGACAGUGAGAAGGACAUCUUUGACUACAUCCAGUAUAAAUACAGAGAACCGAAAGAACGCAGCGAGUGAAACUAGCAGAGACUAUGAGAGAGGGAUGUAAACAAACUGUUUGUUUGUUUGUUUGUUUGUUUGUUUGUGUGGGGAAUUGUUUUAGGUUACAAACUGGUAAUUACAAGGGUAUUAUGCUAUAAAUGUUAUAGCUGCAGCAACAUGUGUUUGUUUGUGUGUGUGUGUGAGUGUGUGUGUUUUAAUAGUAGAAGAUAUAUUAGCGAGUCCAGGAGAAAUGUGUGUGUUUAAAGUGUUUUAGAGAUGAGAAAUCAGCUACUUAGAAGUAGAUGAAGGUGCUUUUAUCAGUAAUCAUGUAUACAUUUUAUUUAGAUUUCAAAUCCAAAUAUGCAUUGCUUCCGUUUGUUAGUAAAAGGUUUGAAAGUGUGAAACGAAGAAGUACAGUGAUGUUAUUACAGGAUAAUUCUCUGACAAGAAGUAAACUUUUGUUUAUUCUGAGAUUGCAACAUCUAUUUUAUAAGGAAGCAAAGGGAAUUUAUUUUUGAUGAUGUCAGUGAUUGUUAUUUAAAGGUUUUAUGGUCCAGUCUGUUGCGUUUUGUAUUUGUUAUUGGGAUAAUACAGGAGGUUGUCCACCAUAAUGUGAUACUAGAAUGGUAAGAAAAUCAAAGGCUGCCCCUGAAAGUCUUGAGGUUUGUGUGAAAUAUAUAUGUAAUUUAUGACACUGUAAUGUAAAAAAAGAAGUCGUCCCAAACACUUUACAGUUCUAUGUAAUUUUCCAAAUGAAUAUGCUAUUUGAAAUAUUGAAGUGAUUGAUAUAACAGCAGAGACGGGGAGAUUUGAAUGCCCAACAGUCAACGGAUGUAGAUAGGAAGUCCCGCCUUACAUUUAAAUGAGCCAAUCACCUUUUAGAUUCAGACAUCGCCUGUCAAUCAACAUGCGCAUUAGGGCCGUUUCUACUGUAGGCGGGCGCCCUCUGCCAUACCAGUGAAAUAUUGCUGCCAAGCUAUGAUGAAAACACUGUUGCUUAGCGGUACUAGAAAGAGAGAACCAUUAAAUCCACUAGACGUGUAUCCGGGAUAAAAUUGCAAGAUUCUUUUAACAACAGACUUUAUUUUCCCCAGACAAACAGGUGAACAGAUCUGACUUGGGCGUGUGAAUUCCUGCAGUUCAGGUCUGUUUGAUUCACAUUUACCCACAUUAAUUUUAAAUCUCACUUUAAAGUUGCUGUAAAAUAUUUGAUCCUUUCUUGAAUUUCCUCAAAUGACCAAACUGAGCCGUUGGGUUAGCCACGCCCCCUUUUUAACGGUUGCAAACAAAGCACCCUCAACUGACAACUACUACGAACAACAUGGCAUAAAAAUGACAUUUUGCCAAAAUAAUUUGCUGCAACUACAAUAAUAUGAGAAUGUGCAAAAUGAUUGACAGGCAGAAAUUGUCACAAUUUUGUUUACAUCAUCUAGAGCCGUCACAGAGACUGCUGAGAUAUCAUGACAAUAAUUUAAUUAAUAUCUUUCAGGGAGUAGUAAAAGUUUUGCAUACAUAUUGAUGAUAUAAUCGCUCAUCUUUAACCCUUUACAUGCAUACCUCGGGUGUUUGGUGACCCAGUACCUCAAUCCACCUUCAUUACAUAAUACAUACAUAUUUGAAGUUAUGCCUCCAUUUCUUUUAUAAUUAAAAAAAGCAAAAAUUGCAAAAUUCUAAUUGUUUGAGUACCAAAAGUGUUUAAUGACCCAAGAUAUGUAAUAGUGUCGCAAUAUACAGUAUAUUAUCUCAUAUCUGUUGAAAUUUACUGCAUGGGAUAUCUGUUUCUUUGUUUAUUAGAAGACAA